AUCUUGUCAAGAAGUAAUCAAGGAAGCUCACUUUAUAUUUUGUCUCGCUUCUUUCUCUCUUCUCUCUCUCUCUCUCUCUCUCUUGUGCUUACAUAACAAUGCGUCUUACAUUUUUUCGAUUCAAACCACGGGCUGACCAGCAACCACAUUCAUACCACCACAAUAAUCACACAUAUCCUUCUUACGACGAUUCACAACAAAAGCCCCAACACUACUUUCACCAGUUGAAAGCAAAUGGUGCUCUUGUACUCCAUCGACCACGACGGUCGUCUAUGGAUGAAAUACUAGAUGGUUCAUUUAUCGGUACCCCGCAACCCUCAAGCAACAAGAAGCCUAAAAUACCAACAUGGUCACCUGCAACAGCUUCUUCAAAACGACAUCGCCCCAGUAUACUAACGGCUGAAGGAGAAGGACCUGUUGCCACUGGCAAGGGUGGCGUUGGUGGCGACAAGGACAAUUUGCAACAACGUCGGCAAGAGCUCCUUAAGCAUUACCUCUCAGAACACCAGCACCAAAGUAGCAAACUUUCAUCUGGACCACUCUCUCAUAGGAGGAGCAACAACAACAAGAUCAACAGUGACAAUAACAACAAGAUAAUCAGUAGCGAUAUGACGGAAGUGGUGCGAGAGGAAAAGCUCGAGCGCGAGGUACAACAUUUGAAACGCAUGGUAACACUGCUACGCACCAUGGUCUUUUCCUCCUCUUCAACGAGCAGCAGUUUGGAUAGCAGUGGCAGUGACACGAGCGACGAUGGUGCAUCCCCUUCUCUUUCUCAUCGGCAGGCGAAAAAUGGCAAUGAUACGAACAGCAGCAGCAAUAAUGUAACGUACGAACGCAAGCUGCAGAUCCUAUUCCAAGAAAUCAGUGCGUUACACAAGGAACAGGAGGCUUCGGCAAUGCGGCACCGAGAGUUGCAACAACGACACGACGUGCUUUGCGCAAAGCUGUGCGAGAAGGAUGAAAUGAUUUCUUGUUUGCAGAGUGAUUUGCGGGCGCUGAUGGUCAGUAAUGAAUGAAUAAAUUUUAUUGUUUCUUGCC